AUGCUGCGAACACCGGACGGCAAAACGAGAGGCAAGAACGUGAGCCUCAACGAGUACCUCAACGUUGCCUGGCGACACAACAAUGAUCGGCAUUCGGCAGCAUCGGGCAAUGUCGUGUUCACGAGUAGGCCCUUGAGUGCGGGUGAGACAGUGGUGGUGCAGGUGCGGCAAACAGGAGUGGGAGGGCCAGCUGGCCUCGGUUUUGGCCUCACUGUCUGCGACCCUGGUUCCCUGUGUCCUGCUCUGGACCUGGACCAGCUCGAAGGCGAUGACCUGGACUCGUUGCUGGACCGACCCGAGUACUGGCUUGUGGUCAAGGAUGUUGUCGGUGUGUCCCAGCGGGGCGAUGUGCUCGCCUUCACCAUCCAAGACAGUGGAGCCGUGACCGUGUCCAAGAACAAUGGUGUCCCGCGCGUAUUGUUGCACGCGGACGUGACGCAACCGCUGUGGAUGAUGUUUGACGUGCACGGCUCAGUGCAGAAGUUGGCCGUAGUCAAUGACGCGAUCAUGGUGGCGACAUCUACUUCAACAGCGUUUUCCCCCAGUGUUGCUGCGGCUACGAGUGCCCCAGUCACGCCAAGCUCGACUCCGACUCGACAACCGGUUGUGACGGGAAGUAAUGGCGGCGGUGGUGGUGGUAGUAGUGCGCCACCAGCAACAAGAACGGCGACGUCCAGACGCGAGCCUCGUCCGAGAUCUCUUCUCUUGGUGUCCCAAACCCUUGGGUCCUCGCCAUCGUCUGCUGUGGACGGCCGUCACCUUGUUGCUCAUCAACAACGCUACCAGCAGCAACAGGUCGAGACGCACCCGCGUCUCGCUCAUCCGUCCUCCAUGUUGCUCCUGCCAACUCAGACAGCAUUGCCGCAAAAACAGCAGCAGCUGCAGCAAGAGGAUCAGCCUGAUGGGGCAGCGCAGACGUUUGACGAGUGUACGAUUUGCUGCGAGAAGCCAGUGGACUCGGUGCUGUAUACGUGUGGCCAUAUGUGUCUCUGCUACGAUUGCGCCAUGCGUCAGUGGAGAGGUUACAAUGGGGGCCAGUGUCCCAUCUGCCGGGCCAUCAUCCGGGACGUCAUCCGCACCUACCGUCCCUGAUUUCGAAGCCGUCUUACGUACUUUUACGAACACACCGCGUUAAUGUGGGAAAAGUCAAACACACGAGCUGUCUUGUGUAUUCUCUAGUCUUGGUCUGUAUAAAUAAAUUUGUGGAGGACGCGGAACCGAUUGGUAUUUUUUAUAUAUAUUUGUGAUGAUUGUUUCUCGCACGCGACUCAUGGGAAGAAAAUCUUUGAUGGACAUCUGAUGCGUAUUG